GUCCAUCACACAUCUGAAAUCUCUUUUCCCUUUCGCGCAAGAUCUCUCGCACAACUCAAUCUAGGGUUUUCUUUUUCUCUCUACUUUCAUAUGGAUCAUCCUCCGCCACCAAUCCAAAACCUAGAUCCUCAGCCCCCACCUCCUCCUGAAACCCUAAUUCCUUCCUAUCAAUACCCAUCUCCACCUUCCCAAUCCCUUGAUUCCUCCUUUCAAAACCCCUCCAAAACCCUUGCUUCAGAUCAUCCUGAUUCGAUUUCUCCAAAUUCUGAUUCUCAAAACCUCGCUAGUUUUUCCAAUAAUGGCCAGACCCAUUUCGAAGGGCCCAAGUUCGACCUCCAGAAGCCCUUGGUUUCUGAAAAUGGCGUCACCAACACCCAGAGCGGCACCGACAAGGACUACUCCGGCGGCGAGGAGGAAACUACCAGUCGUCGGCGCAGGCGGAGCCGCUGGGAUCCGCCGUCCGAUUCUGGAAACCAAACAGCCGGUGAAGCAGCCGAAGGUACCGGGGCCAGGAAGAGGAAAUCGAGGUGGGCGGAUGAUGAGCCGAAGCCAUUGAUUCAAUUGCCGGAUUUCAUGAAAGAUUUCACCGGAGGUAUUGAAUUUGACCCUGAAAUUCAAGCUUUGAAUAGUAGGCUUCUUGAGAUUAGUCGCAUGUUGCAAUCUGGUUUGCCGUUGGAUGAUCGGCCUGAGGGGGCGAGGUCGCCUUCGCCUGAGCCUAUAUAUGAUAAUAUGGGAAUUAGGAUCAACACCAGAGAGUAUCGGGCUCGCGAGAGAUUGAAUCGUGAGAGACAGGAAAUUAUAUCACAAAUCUUGAAACGAAACCCGGCAUUUAAGCCCCCGGCUGAUUAUAGGCCCCCAAAGCUUCAGAAGAAGCUUUAUAUACCAAUGAAAGAAUAUCCGGGCUAUAACUUUAUUGGGCUUAUAAUUGGACCAAGGGGGAACACACAGAAAAGAAUGGAGAGGGAGACGGGGGCAAAAAUUGUGAUUCGGGGAAAAGGGUCAGUGAAAGAAGGGAGGUUGCAACAGAAGAGGGAUUUAAAACCUGAUCCUUCUGAGAACGAGGAUUUGCAUGUAUUGGUUGAGGCGGAUACACAGGAAGCACUUGAUGCAGCUGCCGGGAUGGUGGAGAAAUUAUUGCAGCCAGUUGAUGAGGUGUUGAAUGAGCAUAAGAGGCAACAGCUUAGGGAGUUAGCAGCCCUAAAUGGGACAAUAAGGGAUGAGGAGUACUGUAGAUUGUGUGGAGAGCCGGGGCACCGGCAAUAUGCUUGUCCUUCACGAACUUCGACGUUUAAAAGUGAUGUACUAUGUAAGAUAUGCGGUGACGGUGGGCAUCCUACCAUUGAUUGUCCGGUGAAGGGGACAACAGGGAAGAAAAUGGAUGAUGAGUAUCAGAACUUUUUGGCUGAGCUGGGAGGGACAGUACCAGAUUCUUUGAUAAAGCCAAACAAUGCAUUGCCAAUUACAGGUUCAAGUGGUUCUGGUAGCAAUCCUCCUUGGUCUAACAAUGCUGGUGGUACAGCACAAGCUGGCUUAGGGGCAAAUGGAGCCAAACCCAUUAAGGAAUAUGAUGAUACAAACUUGUACAUUGGGUAUUUGCCACCUACUCUUGAAGACGAUGCUUUGAUUAGGUUGUUUUCACCCUUUGGUGAUAUUGUGAUGGCUAAGGUUAUUAAGGAUAGGGUUACUGGAUUGAGCAAAGGGUAUGGUUUUGUCAAGUAUUCUGAUGUUCAACAAGCCAAUAGUGCAAUUGCCAGUAUGAAUGGUUAUCGUUUAGAGGGAAGAACAAUUGCUGUGAGGGUUGCAGGUAAGCCUCCUCAGCCUGCUGUCCCUCCAGGUCCUCCCCCUCCUGCAAUGCCUACAUAUCCAAGUUCAAAUCAGGCUGUUGGUGCCUAUCCAUCCCAGCAAUUUACCGCAGGUGGUCCCCUUGGGAAUACUCCACCACCGAGCUAUGCCCCUGGUGCUCCAGUUCCAUGGGGACCGGUUCCUCCUCCUUAUGCCCCUUACCCUCCUCCUCCCCCUGGGUCAAGCUUAUACACUCCAGUCCCAGGUCAACCUGUGCCUCCUUAUGGUGUGCAAUAUCCUCCUCCUCCUCCUCCUACACAGUCAGUUUCUGCUGGUGCCCCAGCUCAGACUGUGGUGUCUAGUGAAGCACAACAGAAUUUCCCUCCAGGAGUGCAGUCUGAAAGUGGUUCUUCUGUUCAAUCUGUACCUACCAGUGUUUAUGGGAGCUCCUUAUCUGCAAUACCACCAAAUCCUCAACCUGCAUAUUCAACAUCUUCAUAUGGUUACUCUUAUUAUGGUGUUGCUCCUCCUCCACCUCUUCCUGUACCUUAUCCAAUGGCAGAUCAAUCGCAGAACAUGGGAAAUGCGCCUUGGAGCUCGGCUCCACCAGUGCCUCCACCUGUUCCACCAGCAGAAAAGAAAACCCAUGGUACUGAUGCAGAAUAUGAGAAAUUCAUGGCGGAGAUGAAAUGAUGUGGCUGUUCCUUAGAUGCUGCCUUGAGGUUGACGUGAUGGGCCUAAUGCUAAUGCUGCAUGGAUCUGCACUUCCAUAGUAAUCAUGCUCACUUCUUAUUGUUGGAGGAAACUUGUUCCCUACAAAAAGAUAUGUUAAGUGUCCACAUUAUUGCUAUAUGUUUUUUGUUAUAUUGUUUUAACAUACUGAUUCCUCUCUUAAAAAUUGGUUGUAAUAAAAAAUAUUAAAAGUGUCCACAUUAUCAUCAAAUAUUUUGUUGUUAUAUUGUUUUAAUAUUUCUUAACUACUCUUCUUGUUAUUAUUGUAAAAUUUUUACAGGCAUGAUGUUUCUUGGAGCUCUUGUGAACCUGAUUUCUUACCUCUUGCCAUGACUUGUUGGAAUUUUGGGACUCACAUCUUUAACAUUGCUGUACUGUUAUGACAUUUGCAGAAACUUGGGCUAAAGUUCGGUUCAUUCAGUCUCAGUAUGGGAGAAGCCAUGACAAUGCUUCUUAAUAUCUUGAAUUCCCCUGGUCGGACUUUAUUUUGUUUCUUAUGGAUGUUUCUUGCCUCCUAUGCCGUGCCUGGUCACUAAUGUUUCCUUCUCUUUCUUGGGUUGUUUGAACACUUGAAUAUUCAGUUGCUGACAUUUUGUGGUGUUAUAUUUCAUUUAACAUAUUGGUAUUGUGUUGGUUAA